AUGUUCUGCCCUUGGACUUCGACUAAUACGAUUGGUUCAGUCCGCAGCGCCUGGCGAUGCGCUGGUCUCGGGGCGAAAUCCACAGGCAGCUGCAGCAGCAGCAGUACCGGCAGCGGCAAGCCCCAGGGGAACAGCUUCUUUUCCAGACAGCAGCGGACCUCCCAAAUCGCCCACGGAACGCAGUGGCCUGCUACGCGUCCAGACCCACAGCCGGCGCUUCCAGGGAAGCGCCUGCCCGUCAGAGACGGAGCAGAUGCCGCCGUACCGGAGGCCCACAAGGUGUUUGACGAGGUGGUUAUCAUCGUCAAGAGCGGUCGCGGCGGCAAUGGGGAGGUGGUCCCGGCGGAUCGCGGUCGCUACGUGCCCAACCACAAAUACAAACCUGGCGGCAAUCAGCCCAAGCAGAUCUGGCUGCCCGCAAGCGACCCCGGUGACGGCGCUGAUGGGGGCGAUGUGGUGCUGGUGUGCGACUCCGGAGUGGAUUCCCUGCUACACCUGCACCAACAGAAAGACCAAAAACGGAGCCAACAACGCCAGGGAGGGGGAAAAGCGGGUACUGGUGGGGGCGGUGGGGGCGUAGUGGCGGGUACGUUUUGCGCCUCCGACGGCGCCAAUGCCAAUCCCAACACGGGGAGUGGGGGCCCCAAGAAGAACAAGGAGAUAAAGAAGGCGCUCACUCCCUCCCUGGAGAUUCCCGUACCUCCGGGUACGGUAGUGAAGCGCCGGGGCACGGGGGCCUUAUUGGGGGAGCUACUGCAGCCAGGUCAGCGGUUGACCGUUUCCAAGGGUGUCGAGGUUGUGGACGUGGAGGACCCGGGCUGGGUAUCUGACAGUCGCGGCCAGCCGGGUCACCAGCUCACGCUCACCCUCACACUGCGAGUGGUGGCGGACGUGGGGCUGGUGGGCUUCCCCAAUGCGGGCAAGAGCUCGCUGCUCAAGGCUCUCACCCGCGCCUCCCCCGCCAUCGCCCCCUACCCCUUCACCACGUUGAUGCCCAAUUUGGGGGUGUUGUCAGCCGGGGGAGGAGCUACUCGGGCGGUGCUGGCGGACCUGCCGGGGCUCAUUGAAGGUGCUCACAAAGGCCGGGGUCUGGGCCGCAAUUUCCUACGUCAUCUUCGUCGUACACGAGCGCUCCUCCAUGUCGUGGAUGCCUCGGGACCCGACCCUGCCACGGACUACUACGCGGUACGGGAGGAGCUUCGGAUGUACAACCCGGAGUACUGUGCCCGGCCCCACGUCGUGGCGCUCAACAAGACGGACCUGCUACAGCCCCGGCUGCUGCCGCUACAGCAACCAGAUCGACAGGACGGGCAGUCGCAGCAGCAGCAGCAGCAGCAGGGGGCUCCGAAGGAGGAUGCUGCAGCCGUGACCCAGAUGGAGCCAUCGUCAACGUCGUCGUUGCCCUCGGCGGCGGGGGGCUGGACUGAGGACGUGUACGGCGAGGCCGGCUACAGCGGCUUUGAGGGGGGCCCAUCAGGGCGGAGGCCCUCCGGAUCCAUCAUGCAGGUCCAUGACGUACUGGACGAGCUGGAACAGUCGUUUUGGGACGAGCAUGCGCCGGCUGGAGCCGCCCCGGGCGAUGGCGCGGCCGAUGACGACGAAUGGGUGGAGCUGUCGUCCUUGGACGAGCAGACGCUGGCUGCCCUACUGGACAAGCUGGAGCGCAGCUGCGCCGCCGCCGCCGCCGGCGAGGCCGGCAAGCUGCUUCGUCACCUGGGCCGCGACUUCCAGAUGACCCCACCUUCACCUUCGCCUUCGCUAACAACGACAACAACAACCACAACGACAGCAACCACCGGCAGCCAACAACCAACAGAAACCAUCCGGCAAGACCACCAUGCGCAUCAACCACAGCCAACAACCCAAAAACAACAGCAAGAAAAAGCAGUAACGGUGCAGCCUCACCAGGAAUGGGUGAAGGGGGUAGCAUCCGGACAGGAGGCUGUGGAGGAGGAGGAGGCUGUGGAGGAGGAGGCUGUGGAGGAGGAGGAGGAGGAGGAAGGGGAGGAGCUGGUUCGGAUGGCAGCUCCAGACGAUCCGGAUGUCGGGUUAUUGAAGUUGAGUUUGGAGGAGCUGUUGGCUCUGGAGCGAGAUUGGUGA